AUGGACCGGUCGACGAGGUUAAAAACAAAUAAUCAGGAAGAAGAGAGUAAAUUAGACCCAGUGCAGGCACUGCAGAUGAAAAUAAUGGAAGAAGAAGGAAAGUUGCGGAUGAAGUUGGCGGAGGAAGCGAAGCAAAAAGAGGAAGAAAGAAAGUCGCGGUUGAUGUUGGAGGAGAAAGAAAGAAAGUGGCGGAUGAAGUUGGAGGAGGAAGACAGAAGGAUCAGAAGAGAGACAGAUAUUCGGAAAAUAGAACGUAAGGAAGAUACAGAAGAACAACUCGGAAGAAAAAUACAGCAGCAAAAGAAAUCGAAGGAUAAGACCUUUCCGGCAUUUGCUGUCAGAUUACUUAGUAGCCUCAGACUUUACUUUCAAAGUCGGCAAGCCGAAUCAUUUGACAAAGCGUGGUCACUUCUAGUGGCAGAACGUAUGGAGGAACUGCUGCUGAUGAACUUAUUGGAUCAUAUUCUUACGCGAGAGAGUGAGGAUUGGUUUACACAUGACCAGAUGGCUGACAUACUGGAGCGCUAUGAAGCCAACAUGGAUAUGAUCUGUUCCACCUCUCACGCGGCCGGUUAUAAGGUACGACCGAUAACGGAUCAGGAUAAUCUGAAUACGAAAUGGCAGAAGGCGGAGACAAAAAAGGGACCAGUGUCAGUAAGUGGUUGUUAUAGCUGUGGUAACACCGGUCAUUUUGCCAAGCAUUGUCUGAGGAGAAUGAAGGAUGAACCAGUAAAACGGAUCAUAAAAUGCCAGGUUAAUCAGAUGUUAGAUGGUACAGUGAAGGAGCAGGCCCAGGAGGGAGUUGGUAAAAGGGUGCAAAUUAGAAAAUUCUUCAAAAGACACUUUGUGAAGGUCCAGGUACAGGGAAAACAAUUCUGCGAUUUUCUGGUGGAUAGUGGAGCCGAGGAGACAGAAGAAUAUGCAGUGCCGAGGGUGAGUUUGGAAAGAGAUACAAGAAAUGCCUCGGGUAAAGCUAUUCGAAGAAGGAUAGAAACAUUUGAUGGACUAGCACAAGAAGGUAGAGGACGGAUGUUUUACGAUCCGGAGGUUGGGCUCACACAAUGGGAACCAUGGAAUCAAGAAGCUAAUAAUAAUAAUAAUGAUAAUGUCAGGCAGUCAGUGAUCAGCAGAUUCGAGGAGGAGAAGGAAGAAGUUGGUAAAUGUAAUAAAUAUAAUUCAGAUGUCGGUGGUGUCCGUAAAGCAGACGUGGCUGGGUUAGUCGAAUCAGAGGUCAGCAGUACAGAGCAGGAGGAUGACGAAGAAGGUGGUGAAAAUGGUCAGUUUGAUGACAAUAGUAAUCAUGUUGGUAGGUCCGAUGGUUGGGUAAGGGACAAAGAAGAUGAUAUUGGUAGAUCACCUAAGGACGAAAUAUGUAACAAUUGUAAUGUAAAGAUGUUAAAAGCUGUUGGUGGACCAGUGGUAGAAGAAGACGACAAAGAUAACAAUAGUAAUGGUGGGUUAGUAGUAGAAUCGGAGGAGGUCAGUGAUGAGGAUGGCGACGAUGAAAGAAAGAAUGAUGAAGGGGAAAAUGACACCCACACGACAGGUACGAACGACUGCAAGGAAGUUAGAGGAAAAGCACAAAGAGGGUGCACCUGGGACGGAAGGAAUUCAUUCAAGAACAACGAAACUGUCCCUCACUGCAAAAAUAUUGGCAGUAUGCUGUGUUACGCUGGUAGUUCGUGCAGUUGGUGGAAGCAGUUACGUCUGUGGUUGGUACAGUUGGCGGAGGUAGUUACGUCGGUGGUUGGUACAGUUGGCGGAGGCAGUUACGUCGGUGGUUGGUACGGUUGGCGGAGGCAGUUACGUCGGUGGUUGGUACGGUUGGCGGAAGCAGCUACGUCGGUGGUUGGUACAGUUGGCGGAGGCAGUUACGUCGGUGGUUGGUACAGUCGGUAA